GGGUCUCAACCUAAUCCCGUGCAUUGCUUUGAGAACAAAGUGGAGCUGAAUGCGCUGCUUGCGGGAAACACUGCAUCAAAAUGAGGACAGCGACGCGCCAUGGAGCAGCUGUGUUUCUGGCCAUCACCAUGUGCACCAGCUUGUUCUUCAUAUACAACAGCAACAGCAGCAAUGAAGCCAGGGCAGGAAGUUCUCCUGCUGCAUCCACCCAGAAACCACACAAAGUACCUCCAGCUCCACCUCUGCAGGGCUACGUCAGCAUUACCGACCACAGCCCCUUGAAGAUGCAUUGCGGAAGCUGCUCACUGGUCACUAGCUCUGGUCACCUGACAGGAGGAGGGCGGGGUGAGGAGAUCGACAGUGCCGAAUGCGUGAUCCGCAUGAACGAUGCGCCCAGCGGCCGCGGUUUUGGUCCGGACGUGGGCCGACGCACUACCCUGAGGGUGAUCGCGCAUUCUAGCAUGCAGCGCGUCUUACGCAGUCGCCACGAGCUGCUCAACUCCAGCCACGACACCGUGUUCAUCUUCUGGGGCCCGAGCAACUACAUGCGUCGGGAUGGGAAGGGCCUGAUCUACAACAACCUGCGCCUCAUGAACCAGGUGCUGCCCAAGCUUAAGGUCUACAUCAUCUCUUGGCAGAAGAUGCUGCAGUUUGACGAGCUCUUUAAAAAGGAGACGGGCAAAGACAGGAAGACAUCCAACUCCUGGUUAAGUACGGGUUGGUUCACGAUGACGAUAGCCCUAGAGCUGUGUGAUCGCAUCAACGUUUACGGCAUGGUGCCUCCAGAUUUCUGCAAGGAAGCUCAGCACCCAUCCGUCCCGUACCAUUACUACGAGCCCCUGGGGCCAGACGAGUGUGCCAUGUACAUCUCCCAUGAGCGCGGACGCCGAGGCAGCCAUCACCGCUUCAUCACAGAGAAGCGCGUCUUUGCGAACUGGGCACGGACGUUUGACAUCCAUUUCUACCAGCCAGACUGGAGUCCAGCCCCUUUACCCAAAAACAGCACGGGAAACACAAUAUUUCCUCAGUCACGGACGACGUGACUCCAAACUUCGUAUCCACAGGCGAAUAUGUACAAAGAGUUGUCUUGCUUUUCUUUUUUCCUGCAGACUGAAUGAACAGAGAGCUCAACAAGCAUCUCGGCUUUGUUUGUGCUAUAGCUGCAUGGACAUGUCCAAUCCACAAAGCAGACACGACUUGCAUUGAUGGUACUUUUUUGGGUACCGGUGACUGACGGAGCUCCACAGGGCUCCGUGCUGGGACCACUUGAUUUUGGACAAACGUUCAAGAUAGAAGCAUGUGUAGAAAAGUUAGUGAAACCUGCGAUAAAUCCUGUCAACAUUUUAGCGUUAAGGUCUACAUGGAGACUAAAUAAAUCGUGGACGAUACUGGAAUUCUUAUACAAACGUCUGCUGUUACAAAAAAGAGGCAUGAAUGUCAUUUUUAUAUAUUUACGAGCUUAAUCAUUUUGAUCUAAUCGUAUAAAAAGCUAAGAGGAGUAGAUUAUUAUUUAAGAUGACCUUAUU